AUGGAGACCGUAGUAGUGAUUGUGGGAGCUGGACCGGCUGGUUUAGCUACAUCGGUUUGUCUCAACCAACACUCAAUCCCAAAUGUGAUCCUCGAGAGAGAAGACAUCUAUGCAUCACUUUGGAAGAAACGAGCCUACGAUCGUCUCAAACUUCACUUAGCCAAAAGUUUCUGCCAGCUACCUUUCAUGCCACACGGUCCCGAUGUUCCAACCUUUAUGCCCAAAGAUCUUUUCAUCGACUACCUUGAUGCCUACGUUACCCGUUUCAACAUAAACCCUAGAUACAACCGCACGGUGAAAUUCUCAACGUUCGAUGUGUCCACUAACAAAUGGAGGGUCGAGGCGGAAAACACGGCGACCGGAGAAACCGAGGUGUAUUGGUCGGAGUUCCUGGUGGUUGCAACUGGAGAGAACGGAGAUGGGAACAUUCCUGCGGUGAAAGGGAUUGACACUUUCCCCGGAGAGAUUGUGCAUUCGAGUCACUAUAAGUCCGGUCAUGAUUUUACAGGUAAAAAUGUUCUUGUGGUCGGUGGUGGAAAUUCCGGUAUGGAGAUUAGUUUUGAUCUUUGCAACUACGAAGCUAAUACAACCAUUCUCCUUCGAAGUCCGAGACACGUGUUGACGAAAGAAGCGGUGCACUGGGGGAUGUCAAUGCUAAAGUAUGUUCCGGUGACGAUGGUCGACGCAUUGAUGAAGAUUAUGACAGCAUAUUCGUAUGGCGAUCUCACCAAGUACGGACUUUCCCGGCCAAAGCAAGGUCCCUUCGCCAGUAAACUCUAUACCGGAAAAGCUCCUGUCAUCGAUGUUGGAACUGUCCAAAAGAUAUGCGAUGGGGAGAUUCAGGUUAUUAAUGGUGGCAUAAGAAGCAUCCAAGGCAAGACUUUGACGUUCGAAAAUGGGUCGAAACGAGAUUUCGAUGCGAUUGUGUUUGCUACUGGUUACAAAAGCUCCGUCUGCAAUUGGUUAAAGAACUACGAGUAUGUUAUGAAGAAAGAUGGUUUCCCCAAAGCACCAAUGCCUAUGCAUUGGAAAGGAGAGAAAAAUCUUUACUGUGCUGGAUUUGCGAGGAAAGGAAUCGCCGGAGCUUCCCAAGAUGCUGUGUCCGUGGCCGACGAUAUCAAAUCGAUCUUGGCAGCUAUAAAACAUUGA